AAAGAAGAAGGUAUCUAUAAAAAGGCAAGAGCGGAAAUGGUAAAGGCGAACAGCAUUUGUGUGGUAUCGUAUCGAAUGGAUUGGAGAACAGGUCCUCCCCCGUCGCAGGAGGUGGACCUAGACAACCUGAAAGCCCUCAAAGUCCUGGGAAAAGGCGCUAUGGGCACUGUCUUCCUCGUCCGCGACAACACCAACACCAACACCAACACCUUCGCCCUGAAGGUGGUGGACAAAACGUGCGUCCACGCCAAGGUGGACGCCGAGCGGCGUGCGCGUUGGGAAAUCCAAGUGCUCUCCACGCUCUCCCACCCUUUCCUCCCUUCCCUCAUAGCCACCUUGGAGUCCCCACAGUUCAUAGCGUGGGCCCUCCCGUAUUGCCCCGGCGGUGACCUCAACGUUCUCCGCUACCGCCAAACCGACCGCACCUUCUCCCCUUCCGUUAUACGCUUCUACGUCGCUGAAAUCAUCUGCGCGCUAGACCACCUUCAUUCCAUGGGCCUCGCCUACCGCGACCUUAAGCCCGAAAACGUCCUCAUCCAAAACACCGGCCACGUCACCCUAACGGAUUUCGACCUAUCACGAAAAUUCUCCCCCAAGCCCAACCCUAAACCUAAACCUAAUCCCAUCGUCACUCCCCUCCCCGUCGCCCCCGAGCCCCGCCGCCGUAAGCACCGCCGCAACUUCACCCGCUGGAUCCCCCUCCUCCAGCCGGACGCCCGAACCAAGCACGCCAACGGCCUUAAGAAGGCCAACUCCGCCCGCGUCAGCCCCGUCAGCCGCCGGAAACCUAGCUUCUCCGACGGCGAGCGCUCCAACUCCUUCGUCGGCACCGAGGAGUACGUCUCGCCGGAGGUCGUCCGCGGCGACGGCCACGAGUUCGCCGUGGACUGGUGGGCGCUCGGAAUCCUCAUCUACGAAAUGCUCUACGGUACGACGCCGUUCAAAGGCAAAAACCGCAAGGAAACGUUCCGCAACGUUCUCACGAAGUCGCCGGAGUUCGUCGGGAAGAGAACGCCGCUCACCGACCUUAUUGAGAGGCUCUUGAUGAAGGAUCCGACGAGGCGGUUGGGUUACACGCGCGGCGCGGCGGAGAUCAAGGAGCACUCGUUCUUCCGAGGAGUUCGCUGGGACUUGUUGACGGAGGUGGUCCGGCCGCCGUUUAUUCCGUCGCGGGAGGACGCCGCCGGAGAGGAGCCGGAGAAGUUAGGGAACGGUGGGUUGGAUAUUAGGGAUUACUUCCGGAAGUUGAAAUCGUCGCCGUCGUUGCCGGCUUCGCCGUCGGUGUCUUCGUCGUACGGGCUCAAGAAGAAUGUUUCGCUAACAGAAUUCUGACGCACGUGCAUGUGCUGUAUUGCACGUGCGAGAGUUAGUUAUUCGUUUUAGUAAUGUUGUAAUUUUUGUGCAUAGAGAAUAACGGUAGAUCGUGAAGAAACGGGAUUAGGUAGCAGUGUUAGUUGGUAAAAACUACGAAGGUGUAAGAGUUGUAGAAUUAAAACGAUUUUUCUUAACCUUUUUCCCUUCCCAACUCUCUUGUUUUCUAUUAGGUCAUUGCGUUUAUACGGGAAUUAUUAUCUUUAUAUCUUCUUUGGUACCGGCAAGUAUUUCAAACUCGAUUAAACACCUUUUAGCUUUA